AUGUGCCCCGUCGGUACGUGCUACUUCAGCUCGUUUCUGCGACGAGGCCGCGGCGUCUUCCAGCCUGCGUGCGAGCACGGUUUCUUGCGCAGGAGGUCCAGGGAGGCGGCCUUGGCUGUGAUGCACGCGACCCCAUGGCGCUUAGACCUGGCGAGCUUCUGCGUACUCAGCUCUUUCAAGGACCUCUCGAAGCCGUUCCAGUGCACGUCGCAGGAUGCCUUGGACGCGGCGGCGGAGCGCCUCUACUGUCCUGGAGACGUGGACCUUGUCCAGCGCCGGCACCACGAGUACCACCUCGUCCUGCCCACGGCCGACGGUGUCUGGCUCGAUUCGCGCCUGCCGGGAGCGACGCACCUGGUUGCGACCCACCCCUUGACGGGGGCGCACGUCGACCUGAGCCUGCUGAAGUUCGCGGACGAUUUAGCGAAGCGCUUCGCCAGCAUGGGCGCGGAGCAGGUGAUCGCCAACGUGCGCGUCUCGGACGAGCACCUCGACGUCGUUGUUCUCGGGCGCCACAGCUUCGCGCAGAACCUCGGUAAGCAGAUGACCCUGCUUUCGACUCGUGGCCGGGGAUCCAUCGCGAGCUUGCGCUGCUUCUUCGGGCGCCGUGUCGCUCGCGGGCAGCGGGUCCCCGUGGCGCGGUAUCUCGGAACUCAGCUGCACCAUCGAGGCGCUCAGCUCCCCGAGGCGGCAGCUCGUGUCCAGGCGGCGGAGGCCGUGCGCGUGACGCCGGGCGGGGAGGGUCAGCAGUACCGAUCGCCCCCGAAUGAGGUCGUGCAGCGAGACUUGCAGAUCGCGCCGAUGGCCGUGGACUUCCGCAUUCUUCGUCUCUCGCUGCUGCGCCGCAUGGCGGUCAUCGCGGCGCUCUUGGGCGAGUUCACGCGGGCGGAGGGGGAGACGGGCGCGCUGACCUUCCCGGCGCCGCCGCUGGCGCACGCCAUGGUGGCGGACGUGGAUGCGCUCUGUGUCGCGACCGGGCGCCUUGACCUUGCGGCGGCUGUGGCCCGCAGGAUCUUCAGGCUCUGGACGGACGCCGACCUCGGCCGCGACAUCGUGGGCCUGGACGCUCGGCUCUUGAGGGUUGCAGCGUGGAGCACUCGGUAUCCGCCAACGCGCGCGGUCCCGGAGGGUGCAAUCGGCUGGUGGGCCUUCCACGAGCUCGGCUGCUUUCCUGACCGGCCCGUGCUGCAGCCAGAGGAAGUGUUGGAUCUGUCCUUCGUCUGCCAGGAGAUGACAGCGGAUGGUCGCGUCUGCGGCGCGGCCAUUGCCACGGCCCAGGCUCUGCGGGGUCACCGGACGCUUCGCCACAAGUGCCGUUCGACAGUCAGCAGCUUGACCCCGACCAACCAGUGCGCUUUCUGCCAGACUGUGUUCGCAACUCGAGAGGUGGCGAGGGGGCACAUCGCGGCCGCCUUGCAGCGAGGCUAUUGUUGGAGGGAUCGCGUCCAUGGUCGCCACGCUCUCGCUGCCGCUGCUCCCGUCACUUGCCACUGCGACGUCAUCUCGCUGACGUUGGAAGCCCACUAUAGCCAUUUCAUCGGCUCCCAUCUGAGCGACAUGUCCGUACAAGUACAUACUUUACCGCCUCUCACCUACGAGGAUGGCCGAGCACCCAAGGUGGAUAACAGCGCUGGGCGCCGCAGCGGGCGGGCUUCUGCGCGCCAGGGCGAAGACGAGGCGGACGACGAGGACGAGGCGGACGCCGACCGGCCGGCAGGCCUGAGGGAGGCGAUCAUCGACCUGGAGGACGUGGUGGACGCGAUUGCGCGCCUGCUCUGCUCCCACGACAUCUCGAUCCAGGACCUGGAGGCGGCGGAGUAUCACACCAUCCGCAUGGAGACGCAGCACGCGCUGGUGAAGGUGGGGCGCGAGGCCGGCAGGCAGUACGCCGGGGUGACCCAGGGCCAGAAACCCGAGGUGCACGGGCUCGGUCCGCCUGGCCCGGUCGUGGCCGAGGCCGUGCUGCGCACCGUGAUCGCGGUGCCGCUGAGUCCGCGGUACACGCAGGAGACGAAGGACGUGCUGGUGGCGCUGCACGGCCGCCUCACGGACCAGGUGUCGUCGUCGGCGGCGGUGCGGCACUUCCGCCUGCGGGAGUGCUGGGACAAGCAGGAGACGCGGGCGGUGUUCCAGUUGGACGCUCAGGAGGCCGGGGGGGGGGGCUUGGCGGUGGUGGCAUUGGCGGCGGCGCGUCUGCUGGGGGCGGCGCUUCCAGGCGGUCUUGUGCGGGAGGUGCAGGCGCGGCUGGGGCGCUGA